AUGCAGAGGCAGUGGUCGGUGCAGGCCCCCGGGGAGCCAGAAGCCGAGCCAGGGGGCGAGGAGCUAUGGGAGCAGGAGAUGGCGCGGCUGUGCCUCUCCCAGCAGCCGGUGCGGGUGCUGCCCUAUGCCAUGGUGGACAAGCGUUUUAUCCGGCAGCUGCGGGAGCCCGAGGGAGUGAAGACCUCCUGCUGGCAGCAAUGGCGUCGCAGGCGGCAGACUGCGGGCCGGCGACUGGGGGAGGCAGUUCGGCGGCUGACCCGGGGCUGUGGGCUCUGGGAGGGGGCUCUCUACGAGAUCGGCGGCCUCUUUGGCACUGGAAUCCAGUCCUAUUUCACCUUCCUUCGCUUCCUGCUGCUACUUAACCUGCUGACCCUGCUUCUGACCAGCAGCUUCGUCCUGCUGCCCCUGGUCUGGCUCCAGCCCCCUGACCCAGGACCAGCCCUGAACUUCACUCUCCAGUGUCCUGGUAGUGACCACCUACCCCAGACCGGUGUUUCCAAUUUCAACAAUCUACUCUGGAAUGUUUUUACCGGCAGGGCCUUCAACAACACCUAUCUCUUUUACGGAGCGUACUGGUCGGGGCCCGAGAGCAGCUCGACAUACAGCAUCCGCCUGGCCUACCUCCUGAGCCCACUGGCCUGCCUGCUCCUCUGCUUCUGCGGGAUUCUGCGGCGGAUGGUGAAGGGGCUGCCACAGAAGAUGUUCCUGGGCCAGGACUACCGGUCACCUCUCAGUGCCAAGGUCUUCUCGUCCUGGGACUUCUGCAUCCGGGGGCAGGAGGCCGCCACCAUCAAGAGGCAUGAGAUCAGCAAUGAAUUCAAGAUGGAGCUGGAGGAGGGGCGUCACUUGCUGCUGCUGCAGCAGCAGACCCGAGCUCAGAGGGCCUGCCACCUGCUCACCUACCUGCGGGUCAACGUCCUUAUCGGGCUCCUGGUGGUUGGAGCCAUCAGCGCCAUCUUCUGGGCCACCAAGUACUCGCAGGACAACAAGGAGGAGUCCUUGUUUCUGCUGCUCCAGUACCUGCCCCCUGGGGUCAUCGCGCUGGUCAACUUUCUGGGUCCCCUGCUGUUCGUUUUCCUGGUCCAGCUGGAGAACUACCCUCCCAACACUGAGGUCAACCUCACCCUUAUCUGGUGCGUGGUGCUCAAGCUGGCCAGCCUGGGAAUGUUCUCCUUCUCACUGGGCCAGACUGUGCUGUGCAUCGGCAGAAACAAGACCAGCUGUGAGUCCUACGGCUACAACGCCUGUGACUACCAGUGCUGGGAGAACUCCGUGGGGGAGGAGCUAUACAAACUCAGCAUCUUCAACUUUCUUCUCACCGUGGCCUUCGCCUUCCUUGUCAGCCUGCCUAGGAGGAUGUUGGUGGAGCGGUUCUCAGGCCGGUUCUGGGUUUGGCUGGACCGAGAGGAGUUCCUGGUGCCCAAGAACGUGCUGGACAUCGUGGAGGGGCAGACAGUCACCUGGAUGGGCCUCUUCUACUGCCCCCUGCUGCCGCUGCUCAACAGCGUCUUCAUCUUCCUCACCUUCUACAUCAAAAAGUACACCCUGCUGAGGAACUCCAGGGCGUCCCCUCGGCGAUUCCGCGCCUCCAGCUCCAUCUUCUUCUUCCAGCUGGUGCUCCUCCUGGGCCUGCUCCUGGCCACCGCGCCCCUGGGCUAUGUGGUCAGCAGCAUCCGCUCCUCCUGGGACUGUGGCCUCUUCGCCAACUACUCGGCCCCCUGGCAGGUGGUCCCUGAGCUGGUGGCCCUCUGGCUCCCACUUUCCAGCCAGCGCAUCCUCCACUACCUGGGCUCCCACGCUUUCAGCUUCCCGCUCCUCACCCUGCUCAGCCUUGUCCUGACCGUGUGCGUCUCCCAGUCCCAGGCCAGUGCCAGAGCCAUCCGGAGACUGCGGAAGCAGCUGGUGUGGCAAGUCCAGGAGAAGUGGCACCUGGUGGAUGACCUGUCGCGGCUGCUAUCGGAGCCGAGCUCCGGCGAUUCUCUGGGGCCUGAGUCCCCUGUGUCCCGAGGAUCGCGCCCGAGAUCCUUCUGCCCCGGAUUUCCGUGCCCCGGCUCUCCGGGACCCAGGCCGCGCAGGCCAGGACCGUCCCUUGAAGAUCCCGCCGGGUUGCGCGGUGUUUCGGUCCCCGCCCAUAGAUUCCGCUUCCCCAGCGGUUCGGAGCUGUAG